ACAUUUGUUUACAUCUAUUUUCAGUAAUUCACCCGUAUCCAAAAGCUGGUGAAGAGGGCAAACUCGACUUCCAAUCUGGCCGGCCGCAUCUCCGUGACACGUACAUGAGGAUGGGCCGAUGCGUAUGCAGGUCCCUUUUCCGGACGUCCGAAGACAUCAAGAAUCACCAAUAUUCAGCCACCUUCCCCCUUCCCCCCAGGUUUUAACGUUCUUAUACUUCUGCUGCUGCCGUGACAUUCUUCAUACGCCAAAAGAAAUAACAUAAAUCAGAGGGAAACCCUCGUGUAUCACAGGCCGCCGCAGAACUCACAUCCCGCCCGUCAUGCGCCUCACAGCAGCAACAGCAAUCGGACUCGCGGGCCUGGCCGCCACGCAAGCCAGCGCCUUCACGCCCCUCAACAUCACGGCGCUGUCGAGCCGCGACGGCUACUCCGUCAUCGAGUGCUGGCAGCUCGCCGCCGAGCCCGUCGAGGCGCGGGCGGCCCUCAACUACGCGGUCGGCGGCGACCUGACGCGCGCCGAGUGGUCCAUCAUCCAGCCCCGGACGACGGUGGGCGAGGCUUGGGCGCCGGCUGUGCAGUGAGUGAUUCUCUUUCUCUCUUUCUCUCUCUCGUGCGAAUGAUAUUCGUGUUCUCUAU